CUGUAGCACGAAUAUUGUCAUUCACCAAUCAUCGCUGCUGCUAUGGGGGUGUAAAAAGGACUGACAUCCAUAGAAGAAAGACACAUUAUCAGGCUAAACUAACGGUUUAUGGAUUUCAUGAUGAUGAAGAAAAAGAAAUUCAAGUUUAAAGUGGAUUUCGAGCUGGAUGAGCUCUCUUCUGUCCCCUUUGUCAACGGUGUCCUGUUUUGUAAAGUCCGACUCCUUGAUGGUGGUUUCUCCGAGGAGUCGUCUCGGGAGCCGGUCCAUGCUAACUGUGUACGCUGGAAGAAGAGGUUCUCCUUCCCCUGUAAGAUGAGUGCCACCGCUGGGACGGGCGUGCUUGACCCCUGUGUGUGCCGCGUGUCUGUCAGGAAGGAGCUAAAGGGUGGGAAGACGUACGCAAAGCUUGGCUUUGCAGACCUAAACCUGGCUGAGUUUGCUGGUUCUGGGAACACGACACGUAGAUGUCUACUGGAAGGUUACGACACCAAGAACACCCGGCAGGACAACUCCAUACUCAAGGUUAUCAUCAGCACACAACUGAUGUCCGGGGACCCCUGUUUUAAAACGCCUCCUUCCACAGGCACAUUCAUCGGCGUCCAGGGAGAUGCAGAGAGCCUCCUGGAAGAGAGGAAGGGAGGGGACAACCAGAAGACCUUCAUGGAGAGCCGAGAAGGAAAGUGUCCCUCUGUUUCCGAUGAACUUGGGGGCUCCUGCCAUUCCCGAACAUCCAGCUACGCUAGUCAGCAGUCUAAAGUCUCAGGCUACAGCACAGGUCACUCCCGCUCCUCCAGCCUGUCAGAGUGUACCCAUCGCAGGAACACUUCUGUGGGCAGCGCUUCCACCGGCAUCGCCAGCAUCCUGGAGCCCUCUGACGACACUAGGGACCAGAGGGAGAGCAGGGACCGGGAGAGGGGAGACAGGGAAGCCAGGAUGGGGAUGAUGCCCCCUACUGCUGGGGCGUCAGCCUGCACAGCCCUGCCUGAACACCCCACCCCCACCAGUACCAUUGGUUCCUGUAUAGGCACUCCGGUGAAGAGCGCCUCGUCCUGCGAACGCCUCAACAGACACCUGGUGAAGCAAGGGUCCAUGGAGGGUCAGAUGAUGAGGGUGGAGGCAUCGAGGGUGGAUGCUGAUGACGUGGUGGAGAAGAUCCUUCAGAGUCAAGACUUCACCCCCAGCCUGCUGGAUUCCAGCCAUGAAGAGGAAGGCCUGCGGUUGUUUGUCGGUCCCGGAGGAAGCACUGCCCUUGGAAGCCAUCACCUGCCUACCAGGGUUGGUGCUGGUGCAUAUGAACAGGUGGUGAUUAAACGUUAGGCCUAAACCCCACCAGGAGGAUGAGUGGCACAGCUGACAUCCAACAGAACCAUCCGUGGUUUUUAUCUUUCAUUCCAGCAAGCACAUUUUAUCCAACUGAACUGGCCUGUCAGAAAUGGACUGCAACAGCGCCCUCUGGUGUGCUUACAGACUAUGUGCACUGUCUGUUGUCCCCUGUUAGAUUAGCUCAGUGAAGUCAAGAAGAACAUCACCACGCCUCAAUCUGGGAAAGGAGUCAGACUAUUAAAAACUGCAGUUUGAGGUCACAGGAAAACCUGACCUUUUCAGCUGGAGAUCAAAGUGAUUUGGUUCUGUGUUUGUCACCAGAAUGAAUGAAGCCUUUGCUGAAGAGGAUGAUGCCAUGCUUUUUCAAUACAUUCCCUAGUUAACUCUAGUCCCCUAGUUUUCAGUCCUUUGGUUUUUCAACUAUGUUUUUUAUUUGGAACUGCCUUUUAAUGUAGGAUUUUAACUUUUGUCUACCAAUAAGCUGCUAAAAGGUUGUGUGUGUGCCUGUGUGUGCGUCAGUGGAGGCUGGUGGGAGGAGCUAUAGGCUCAUUGUGAUGACUGGAAUGGAAUCAUGGUUUCCAUGUUUGAUACCGCUCAAUUUAUUCCAUUCCAGUCAUCACAAUGAGCCUAUAGCUCCUCCCACCAGCCUCCAGUGGUGUGCAUGUGUGUGUUUGCUAUGUGUUUGUGUGUAUGCAUGACUGUGUGCGUGCCUAUAUGUCUCUGGUAAAGUGUUAAAGCCACUAGUCUGUUGUAAUAAUAGUAAACCUACAAUAAUCCUGCAGUAUACAGAGCCAGGGCUGAGGGCUGGGAGUGAGAGUGCAGGUUAUGUACUCGGUACUGAAGGUGACCCUGCUCCUCUCCUCUGCUGAUCUCAUUACUGGCAGAAAUAGAAACCGCCUUACAAUCUAACCGCUCUGCUCUUUUUAUAUGCUUGUGGGAGGGAAAUAGAUGGUGAGGAAGAGGAGAGAAGCUCUGUUUGAGUGAGGUCAAGCUUGUGUUUGCUUCUUCUGAAAGAAUCAGACUCUCAGGUUAAGAUAUCAGGGUUCCAAUCCGGAUGGCUCUUUUUUUGCAACGACCGAUGACAGUGGGGUUUAGAAACUGAUGCAAGUCAA